AUGGAGUUUGUCCUCGACCUCGUUCUCCUAUUUAUCGCCUGGGCUCACGUCUUCAUCUCUCCUUAUACCAAAGUCGAAGAAAGCUUCAAUCUCCACGCGACGCAUGAUGUCUUCUUCUAUGGCGUGACCAAGGACGGUUUGAAGAAGUAUGAUCAUUUUAUCUUUCCUGGAGCAGUUCCAAGGUCUUUUCUUGGUAGUCUUUGGCUUGGAUGGACGACCCGCAUUCUGGCAACACUCUUGGUCCCACUGGGCCUAAUCAGGACAAAGUUUCACGUCCAGAUUGCACUCAGGCUAGUCCUAACGACAGCAAAUGCGCUUGCGUUGCGACGAGUUCGGGUAGCAGUAUCGGGAAGAUUUGGUCGUAUUACAGGCAUAAUGUUUGGCCUCCUUACAUGCUCUCAAUUCCAUAUGCCAUUCUGGAUGGGACGAACACUGCCAAACUCAUUUGCACUCGUCUUGUUUAAUGAAGCGCUCUCACGCACUACUUGGCAACCACAGGCUCUUGCACCGGUCAUUGGCCUGCUCUGCUUUUCGGCUGUCGUCUUCCGCGCCGAAUUGGCUGCAUAUCUAGGCGAGUUGGCUGUGUGUACUGCCCUCUCUCUCACUUGUACCGUCGUAGUUGAUUCCUACUUCUGGCAAGACUGGCCAAUGUGGCCAGAAUGGCGAGCGACCUAUUUCAACGUCGUGCAAGGCAAGAGCGCCGAAUGGGGUGUCUCACCAUUCCACGUGUACUGGACGCAACAUUUACCCAAGUUGCUGCUCGGUGCCUUCCCUCUCAGCCUUCUCGGACUUGUCAUCAAUAGGAAAGCGCGUAGACUAGCUAUCCCAGCCAUUGCUUUUGUUUGCGUGAUGUCAGUCCUGGCCCACAAGGAAUGGCGAUUCGUCCUGUACACCGUGCCGAUUUUCAAUAUCGCAGCGGCGUGCGCUCUCACCGACCUGUGGGCGCGAGGAACGCUCACUCGCUUGGUGGCUCUAGGCAUUCUCGGUGCAAAUCUGGUGGCGAUGGCCGGCUUCACUUACGUUUCAUCAACCAACUAUCCGGGUGGCGAGGCUCUGUCUGUUGCAAACAGACUCAAUGUGUCAAAUGCCAACCUUCACAUUUGUAACCUCGCAGCACAGACAGGUGCUUCGCUCUUCCUACAAGAACACUCACCUCCACAUCUCUACAAAAGUCAGCCAGGAACCAAAUCAUGGACCUACGACAAGACCGAAGGGCUCGUGAUUCUUCAUCCCUACACCCACGCCAUCGUCGAGGAGCUCGCGGUCGUCGAAGCUUCUGCGCUUUCCCGCGCUGUCCCGACACCCGCUCACCGCUCGUCGCUGCCGAGGCCAGCACGCAGCGCUCCGGCACCCAAAGCAGCUCGCUCCUACGCCUCUGAGGCCAAGGGACAAGUCGGCUCGGUCAAGACCGUCAUCGGUGCUGUUGUCGAUGUCCAGUUCGACUCUGAGAACCUCCCCCCUAUUCUAAACGCCCUGGAGGUUCAAGACUUCCAUGGUGGUCGCUUGGUCCUCGAGGUUGCCUCGCACUUGGGUGAGAACAGCGUUCGAACAAUUGCCAUGGACGGUACAGAAGGUCUCGUCCGCGGCCAAAAGGUCGUCGACACUGGUGCCCCCAUCCAAAUUCCCGUCGGAAAACCCACUCUUGGUCGUAUCAUGAACGUCAUUGGCGAGCCCAUUGACGAACGUGGUCCUAUCAAGGGAGUAAAAAUGUUGCCGAUUCACCAGGACCCCCCACCGUUCGUCGAGCAGUCUACUACUGCUGAAAUCUUGGAAACCGGUAUCAAGGUCGUCGAUCUGCUCGCUCCCUAUGCACGUGGUGGAAAGAUUGGUCUCUUCGGUGGUGCUGGUGUCGGCAAGACUGUGCUCAUCCAAGAGCUCAUCAACAACGUCGCCAAAGCCCAUGGUGGUUUCUCGAUUUUCUGUGGUGUCGGCGAGCGAACCCGCGAGGGUAACGAUCUGUACCACGAAAUGAUCGAAACCGGUGUCAUCAACCUCAAGGGUGACUCCAAGGUAGCACUCGUCUUCGGGCAGAUGAACGAGCCUCCUGGUGCCCGUGCUCGUGUCGCUCUCACUGGUCUGACGAUCGCCGAAUACUUCCGUGACGAGGAAGGCCAGGAUGUGUUGUUGUUCAUCGACAACAUCUUCCGCUUCACUCAAGCUGGUUCCGAGGUGUCUGCUUUGCUCGGUCGUAUCCCAUCUGCCGUCGGUUACCAGCCUACUCUCUCGACCGACAUGGGUGGCAUGCAAGAGCGUAUCACCACCACCAAGAAGGGCUCUAUCACAUCGGUCCAGGCCGUCUACGUCCCGGCAGACGACUUGACAGAUCCCGCUCCAGCCACCACCUUCGCCCACUUGGACGCCACCACCGUGUUGUCUCGUUCGAUUGCCGAACUCGGUAUCUACCCUGCCGUCGAUCCUCUUGACUCGAAGUCGCGUAUGCUUGACCCCCGUAUCGUCGGAAAGGAGCACUACGAGGUUGCAACUGCCACCCAGAAAAUCCUCCAGAGCUACAAGUCGCUGCAGGAUAUCAUUGCCAUUCUGGGUAUGGACGAGUUGUCGGAAGAGGACAAGCUUACUGUCGAGCGUGCCCGCAAGAUUCAGCGUUUCAUGUCACAACCCUUCCAGGUCGCUCAGGUCUUCACUGGUUAUGAGGGCAAGCUCGUCCCGCUGAAGGACACCAUCCGCUCCUUCAAAGAGAUUCUCAACGGCCAGCACGAUUCACUCCCCGAGUCUGCCUUCUACAUGGCUGGCACGAUUGAGGAUGUCAAGGCCAAGGCUGAGCAACUCGCAAAGGAGAUUGGCGGCUCAUAA